AUGGAGAAUCAGGAGCCAGAGGCAGCCAUGCAAGACGCUCCUCAGGAAAUGCCGGGAGAACUCGCCGAAUCCAUCGACAACUGGAGACAUUCGGUCCCCAGCCGCAUGGAGCGCGAGGAUCCCUUCGUCAACGAUGGAUUCGUGCCUCGACCCCAAACUCGCAUCACCUUUCGUGAACCGGAGAAGCCUGUUCGUCGCCCAUCGACCCGCAUCGCCAUGAUGCGAGCCGCCAUCCCGCUCUUUCGCCGCCCCAACGGCCCCAACGCGCUCCAGCCGUCCAUCAUGGAACGCCCCGAGACGGCCCUGGGAGUUCGGGACGAAGACGAGGACGAAGUGGUGGCUGAGGCGAAGAACCCCAUCCGAGGCUUUUUUGCCCUGUUUGGUCGCAAGAGAAAGCACCGUAGUCCGUCGCUUUCGCCCACUCCCACGGUUGUCCUCGAUACGCCCUUGACUCUUCACUUUUUGUUUGUCGGCGCCCAGGGUGCUGGACAAACGUCUUUGCUUUUCCGUGCUCGCUAUGGCCAUUUCCCCGACUCGAGCGCCAUCACUCGCACCUGCUACGAGACGUACACCAACGUCCGCAUGUACCACUCUCAGCCGUGGGACGGCAUCUUCCUUUGCUUUGACAUCAAGGACAAGACUUCUCUUUUCACCAUUCUGCAGUGGUGGCAAAAUGCCGUGCAGGGUGGCUUCCUUAGCCAGCAGCAGAGCGAAGUUCUUCUUCACCUCAUCGGCAUGAAGAAGGACCAGCGCGCCCAGUGCCUUGAUGAGGCCCACCGACUUCAAGGUCCCUUUGAUCCUCAGCCAUAUGUGCCUUUUCCUAGCUGCUGCGUGAUCCCUGGAGAUGCCAUGUGGUACGCCCGUGGUAUCGGAUGCCACCGCUACCUCGAGUGCUCUGCCAUGACCGGCGAAGGCGUCGACGUGAUGCUCGAAGAAGCCGGCGCUGAAGCGACCAGACGAGCCAUCGAGGUUGCUCGCAGAAUGCGCAUGGCGCCCGGCAAGAGACGCCUGUUCUAA